UGUAAAUUCGAUAACAUUGGGGUUGGUGAUCACAUUAUUUAAUUUCAUCAUCUUUGACCCAAAUGUUCCUUUUCUCUUCAACUUAAAUACAAGUUCCUGUCAGUAAACGUAUUGUUUAUAAGUUCAACCAAAUGUCAUUAACUUUUGUCAAAACGAUUAUCUUAACUUACUGAUAGCAACACGAUGGCAAGGGGUUUUUUUUAUUUCAUUGUAUAAAUACUGAAUCAAAUUUGGAACUCAUCAUCAGUUUGAUCAGAAUCUUACUACAAAACAAUUCAAGAUGAAAAUUUUUUGCAUCGUGUUCGUCGCCUUGUUCGCCAUGGCUAGUGCUGGUAUUAGUGGUCAGAUUAUUCAAGUCAGCCCGCCUCGGCUUGUGCCAGCAGUUCAGAAACCAAGUGUCAAAGUUGUGUCAGUAACUCAACAACGCGUUGUACCAGUUGUUCAACAACGUUUAGUGCCAGUAGCUAAAGCAAAAUUAAUCCAAGUUUCUGUACCAAAGGUCUCCAAGCCACUUCUAGUACCAGCUGCCAAGCCUCGUGUGCAAGUACAAGUUGUACGUUCUAAACCUCAACCAGCUCUUCCUCUUGCACAAGGACUUCGUCCCGGUUCACAAGUUCAUCAUGUUCAAGUUAUCAAGAAGUCAAAUUAAAUUUUGACUUGAUUUUUUUUUUUUUUCAUUUAAAAAACAAAAUUGUUUUAGAAAGUAAU